AUGCCUGUGAGCAUGUUCAGCAUCGACAAUAUCCUGGCGGCCAGACCUCGCUGCAAGGACUCGGUGCUGCUGCCCCCGAGCGCCGCGCCCGUCGUCUUCCCCAGCCUCCACGGGGACUCGCUCUACGGCAGCGCCUCCGACUACGGCGGAUUUUACUCCCGGGCGGUGGCUCCCGCCUCCGCGCUGCCGCCGGCCGUCACUGGAUCUCGGCUCGGCUACAACAACUACUACUACGGGCAGCUGCAUGUGCCGGCGUCCCCCGUGGGCCCUUCGUGUUGCGGGGCCGUGCCGCCCCUGGGCGCCCAGCAGUGUUCCUGCGUUCCCCCCGCAGGUUACGAGGGCAGUGGGUCAGUCCUGAUGUCCCCUGUUCCCCAUCAGAUGUUGCCCUACAUGAACGUGGGCACUUUGUCCCGGACGGAGCUGCAGUUACUGAACCAGCUGCACUGCAGGCGAAAAAGACGGCACCGGACUAUUUUCACUGACGAGCAGCUGGAAGCGCUGGAAAACCUCUUCCAGGAAACGAAAUACCCAGACGUGGGCACCAGGGAACAGCUGGCCAGAAGGGUGCACUUAAGAGAGGAAAAAGUGGAGGUUUGGUUCAAAAACCGCCGGGCGAAGUGGAGGAGGCAAAAGCGAUCGUCUUCGGAGGAAUCAGAAAACGCACAAAAGUGGAAUAAAGCGUCUAAAACGUCGCCGGAGAAGAGACAAGAGGACGGGAAAAGUGACUUGGACUCUGACAGCUGAUACUUCUAAGUGGGGGGGACAUUUUCCGUGGACUGUCGAAUACGCUCCAGAGGAUGCUACUAAUCUUGCACAAGAUCUGCCUUGUUGGAGGGGGAAAAUAUCUGUAUAUAAUGUACAAUGCCCCGAGCUGAUUCCGUGUAAAUAAAAUGUGUUGCGGAGGUGUUGCACAGGUA